CAGCGCCGGGCAACUGGGGCCCGGCUGUGCGCAGCGUCCGGCGCGCUCCGCGAGGGGAUGCGGCGCAGCUAGGGCCGGUCCUGGGUUCCAGCCGGUGGGUCCCUAAACGGCCCCCCGGCUCAGAUUUCCGACGGAAGGGUUGGACUGCGCAGCGUUCUGAAGGGGUCCGCCAGUUCGGACAUGGUGACUGAAGGAGGGUGACGUGGUCAGAUAAGGGGCCCGGGGGCAAAGAGAAGAGGCUAAGAGCGCCAGCAUCGCCGGCGGAGCUGGGAGGCGCGCGCAGCGCCAGCCGGAGGAGGAUCCCCGAGCCCGAGGCAGGUGCUGACAUGGAGCUGCGCUCCGAGUUGCCGAGCGUGCCAGGCGCGGCGACGGCGGCGACGACAGCGACGGGGCCGCCGGUGGCAUCUGUGGCGUCCGUGGCAGCGGCGGCGGCGGCGGCCGCCUCGCUGCCCGUGAGCGUGGCGGGCGGUUUGCUACGGGCGCCGCCGCUGUUGUUGCGGGCGGCGGAGAAGUAUCCGCGGACCCCCAAGUGCGCGCGCUGCCGCAACCACGGCGUGGUGUCGGCGCUCAAGGGCCACAAGCGCUACUGCCGCUGGAAGGACUGUCUGUGCGCCAAGUGCACGCUCAUCGCCGAGCGCCAGCGCGUCAUGGCGGCGCAGGUGGCGCUGCGCAGGCAGCAGGCGCAGGAAGAGAACGAGGCGCGCGAGCUACAGCUGCUCUACGGUACCGCAGAGGGCCUGGCGCUGGCCGCCGCCAACGGCAUCAUCCCGCCACGACCCGCCUACGAGGUGUUCGGCUCCGUGUGCGCCACCGACGGCGGGGGGACAGGAGCCGCGGCACCUGCGGGGACCGGAGGCGGCACAGCGGGCGCCGGAAGUUCAGAGGCCAAGUUACAGAAGUUCGACCUGUUCCCCAAGGCGCUGCUUCAAGCAGGCCGUCCGGGCAGCCCGCCGCUGCCCCCCGGGAAGCCCUUAUCACCCGACGGUGCGGACUCGGGCCCCGGGACGUCGUCCCCGGAGGUGCGGCCGGGCUCGGGUUCCGAGAACGGCGAUGGCGAGUCCUUUUCAGGGUCGCCUCUGACCCGGGCCUCCAAGGAGGCAGGUGGCAGCUGCCCGGGCAGCGCUGGCCCCGAAGGCGGCGGCGAGGAGGACAGCCCGGGCUCCGCCAGCCCUCUGGGCUCUGAAUCCGGUUCGGAGGCCGACAGAGAAGAGGCAGAGGCCGCGCCAGCGCCAGGGCUGGGCGGCGGCCCGGGUCCACGGCAGCGGACGCCGCUGGACAUCCUGACGCGCGUCUUCCCGGGCCACCGGCGAGGCGUCCUGGAGCUGGUGCUGCAGGGCUGCGGGGGCGACGUGGUGCAGGCCAUCGAGCAGGUGCUGAACCACCACCGCGGGGGCCUGGCGGCCGGCCUGGGCCCCGCCGCGCCCUCCGACAAGGUCGCUGCGGGUGCCGUAGCGGCCGUGGACGACGGGUGGCCGGGCCGCGUCGACGCCGCCGCCGCCGGGGGCCCCGGGCUGCCCGCGCCCCUGCAGGCCGGCCCCACCGCGCCGCCGCACCACAGACCUUUGCUGGCCGGCGCCAUGGCUCCCGGGACGCUGGGCUCGCUGAGCAGCCGCUCGGCCUUCUCGCCUCUGCAGCCCAACGCCAGUCACUUCGGCGCCGACGCGGGCGCCUACCCGCUGGGCGCGCCGCUCGGCCUCAGCCCCCUGCGCCUGGCCUACUCGGCGGCGGCGGCGCACAGCCGCGGCCUGGCCUUCAUGGCGCCGUACUCCACCGCCGGCCUGGUGCCCACCCUCGGCUUCCGCCCGCCCGUGGACUACGCCUUCAGCGACCUCAUGCGCGAUCGCUCGGCGGCCGCCGCUGCGGUGCACAAGGAGCCGUCCUACGGCGGCGGCCUGUACGGGCCGAUGGUCAACGGGGCGCCUGAGAAGCAGUAGGGCGGGGGUCCCAAACUGGUCCCAAAGUGGGACCAGGCUCGUCCCCGCGGGCCACCGGCCCCUUUUCGUCCGGUGCGCUCUGUGCACGCCGACUAGGGUCCUCUCGCUCCACGGUGGUUUUCAGUUUUGUUUUGAAGGGUGGGUGGGGAAAGCUGAGCGAAAGGGAGCAGCUACGGUCGGGGUAGAAGCUCUCGGAGGAGGGGCGCGGUCCGGCUCCCAGCCCCCGAGCCCUCCCCGAGGCUCCGCCGUCCCUCCGAGAGCAGAGGCUCCCUCGGAAGGAAGCACACCCUCCUGCCUCUCCGUGGAGCAGCGCCCACCCCGCCCUCCCCAGAGCUCAAGUGGAUGGCGGCAUAGCCUGAGAGUCUGUCUUCUGUCUCCCCUCCCUUUAAAGAAUUUUAAAUAUUUGCUCUAACAAAUAUAAAUCUAGGAUGUAUAAAUCUCUUGGCACUGAGUCGAGUCUUUGGGACACACAUGUAUGUCGACAUAAGUUGUAAAAAAAGACAAGUUCCACAGUGCACUUUCCUCGUUGCGGUAUUUGUCGCUCUCUCUUUGUUGCUUAAGCCGAUCAGCAUGGGUUUCCUUGGUGCAGUGUUUUAUACAUGUAUAAAUCUAUAUAUACUCUAUACAUAUAUAUACAGGCCAGUGUAUAAUGUUAUAAAAUGGAAUUCUAAGUUAUUAAUUGUAAUCUGUAGGUGACCUCGGUAUUAACGUGAAAAAAUUCAAAAACAAGCAAAAAAAGGAAAAAUGGAAAAAUUAGACUAUGCGCGCAUUGUACUCAUCAGGUUUUUAUAGACAAAAUAUAUUGUAAACUGGGGACAAAUCCUGCCCACCCGCCCCGCCAGCCUGGGCCGGUGUGUCUCUACCGGGCGGUCGAGGUGCGCAAGAAGCCGGGACGGAGCGACGCGCGACUGGGCCGGACCCGCCCGCCUGGGGCCGUCCCCUCCUCCCGGGACUCGCCAGACGCUCCCGCGGGAGCGCGGACAGCGGGAACCGCUGCCGCAGAGAACGGCUCACUUUGUGUUUUCCUUUGCAUAGA